GGUGGAGGGCCGGCCCGGUGGGUUGAUAAUUCGCGAAUUGUGGGCCACCGGCAUUUUUGCCAUCUAUAAAUAUUUACCUUCCCCAUUCAGUCAGGAAGGCACGAAACAAGAAAGAAGCUGUGCAAUUGUGUCCUUCCUACAAGAAAAGCCUUAUCGUGUUUCCUUUCGUAGCGCUGCAGCAAAACGAAUGGAGCAAGUGUGAGUUUUCCCGGAAAACUCGAAAAAAGAAAACUCUCCUAGGUUGGUAAUUUUCCACUAGCUUGUACGAUAACCGAGCGGAGCGGAUCGUGUACCCGCUGUAGCGAGAGUGGAGGGCACUCAGCAGCAGCAGCAGCAGCAGCAUCAUCAUUCCACACCAUCACUUCUUAUCGCGCCCGCCGCUCGAAGUCCCGGGGCUUUCGGUUCCCACCGGCCACCAAACGGGCCUGCUCCGUGUGCUUACGUCGAAUAUCCUUAUCAGUAGCGAGACGCGUGUGCAAGCAAACGGUCGAGAAACCGCCGUCGUCGUCGUCGUCGUCGUAGUGCCUGUGUCUGGUAGCGAGCGAGUGAUCAGUGAACAGUGAACAGAAAAAGUUCAGGAAGAUAUCCACCGUCCCCCCGUCAAAUCCGUGGCUUGGUUAAGGUUUCUGUUUCCUUUCCGCUUACUUCCCCACUACUUCCUCCACUGUGUGCUGUGGUGCUGGGAGCGUGUGUGUGUGUGUGCGUUUGUGUUUAAAUGCAUUUUGCGAAUCCCCAGCGAAACCAGCUAACACGAUGCGCGAUGUAAUCUGCUGAGCGUGUAAGCAGUACACUGACUGUGUGUGUGUGUAUUCAAGGUUAAAGGAAGACACACGGGAAAACGGCACCGCGGGUUGGGUGCUGUGGAGGAUACUGGAAUUUCCCGUCGGUGCAAGCAGUCAUCCGCAAACAGCUCGUCUUCUUAGUUCAAGUGCACCGAACAAGGGAACGAAACUAAGAGCAACAGUACAGUAGGUUUGCUUUCCGUUCGCGUUCAAACACAAAUGUUCCACUUUCAUCAACUGCUGCGGCAUGUUUCAGGACUCCACCACCACACCACGCUCCAGCAUGCCCUGAAAGCGCAGCAGCAGCAGCGCCGCCAGUUCGGUAGCGGCGCGCGGGAACAGCUGCGCCGCGUGCUCGUCGUGUCGAAGCUGACCCGGCUCGAGUUUGAAAAGAUCCGCGAGGAGCAGCUGAGCGACGAGUGUCUGGAGCAGAAGAUCCGCGACCGGGGCACCGACUACGAUGCGCUCAAGUACUACCACCACCUGCACAAGGACGUCGAGCGGCAGGUGGUGCGAUCGUUCCAGCAGCACGGCAUCGAGGUGCAGGUGGUGAACCGGAUCACCAUCCACAAGGACGCGCUGCAGUGGGCCGACCUGAUCGUACCGAUCGGGGGCGACGGGACGUUUCUGCUGGCGGCCGGCCGGGCCAGCCCCUUCUUUCUGUCGAACGGGAAGAAAACGCCCGUCGUUGGGUUUAAUUCGGAUCCGCGCCGCUCGGAGGGCAGGCUCAUGCUGCCGAAGCAGUACUCGGUGCAGGUGGACGAAGCGGUCCGGCGGAUCAUUGCACAAGACUUCCGGUGGAUGCAUCGGUCCCGCAUCCGCACGACGCUGGUCGGUGCGGCCACGACCGAGCGACCGUCGCCGAUGGAUCUACACGAGUUCCAUUCGCAGCCGGUCGAGCACCAGGAGGUAAUGUCGACCGCACCGAACGGCAAGAGUCGCAUUCUGCCCUAUCUGGCGCUGAACGAGGUUUUCAUCGGUGAGAUGCUUUCGGCACGCGUGUCCCACCUGCACCUGCGCAUCGACAGCUCGGACGUUACGACGAAAACGAAAAGCUCCGGCCUGUGCGUCAGCACCGGCACCGGCUCGACCUCGUGGCUGACGAGCAUGAACCGGCUUUCGACGAACAAUGUGAAGGAUUUGCUAGCGAUCGUGCGCAAACGGACGGGCCAGACGGGCAGCCCGCUCGACACGAUCGAUCCCGAGUCCGUGUCGCAGGAGUACAACGAUAAUCUAGUGUUUGCGCCCGAUGACCCCCGGCUGUGCUACUCGAUCCGCGAGCAGAUCUGUGUGGGCGUGUGGCCGAACCCGAAGGGGCUCGAGUCGCGCGGCUUCGCCAAGGAGAUAUUCGUCAAAUCGCGCUGUGUCGAUGCGAGUCUCGUGAUAGAUGGUAGUAUUGCGUACAACUUCAACGAUGGUGCGCGUGCCUUGCUGGAAGUGUAUCCGGAAGAUUCGCUGCUCACGAUCGAUAUGGAUGACUGAUUGAUGGGAAGUUUGCUUUUGUUACUUGUUACUGGACUGUUUUUUUAAUAUUCUUUCGAAACUCCGCACAUCGCACGAGUUCCCGAGCUCUUCCUGGUUGGGAUACCACAAAAAAAAACGCUUGAUUAUAUGAAAAAACGGCCCCUUAAUUGUGUAAGUUAUUGCAGUGAUGCACUACCGAAAGGUGGUGCAUAUGGUGCAUUUAUUUAUCGACCCCCGCCCUUCUCCUUAACCCCGCCCCUACCACACGUACGCGCACGCGAGCACGAUAGCGUAUGCAAUUAUACUGUAAGUAGAAAGUGUAAUAAAUUUGGUAUCAUUUUUUAUACAUAUA